CUAUCCCUGUUUGAUCUAGAGGCUGUUUACUCUGGGAGGUACAUACAAAAGCUUGUGGCAAAGGUUACUUUAAAGCUGUUUUGGGCCAGAGGAUUCUGUUUUCUGCUGAAUCGGGAAAGAGCUCGUUGACGUAAGAUCUUCACAAUGAAACUUCUACACUUAGCAACACUAUUUCUUCUUAUUCACUCAACACUUGGUGGAAUUAAGGACUUACAGGAGCACUUUGAGGACACCUCUAAUGGUAUACGCCCCAGGGGAAGUCAAAGCCAAGCUGUAGAAAACCUACAGGACGAUACGGUCACCAAUGACCUGAUCACUGAAGGAGAAGAGGAAGACGACUACCUGGACUUUGAUAAAAUAUUUGGGGAGGAUGGAGAUUACAUUGAUAUAAUUGAUGCUGCCCCUGAAAUUAAAGAUUCUGAAAGCCAGCAAGGGAACAUUUAUGAAUUGUUCCAAGGGAAAACAAGGGUUCAAAGGCUCAGUAUAAUCAAUGCUAACUUUGGGUUUAACCUUUACCGUGCCAUAAAGAACAAUACAGAUGCAUCUGACAAUAUCCUGCUGGCACCUGUUGGCAUCUCCACUGCAAUGGCCACCAUUUCAUUGGGUACAAAAGGCCAGGCUCUGGACCAAGUACUUUUUACACUGGGCUUUAAAAACUUUAUCAAUGCUAGCUCAAAGUAUGAGAUCUUAACAUUACACAAUGUCUUCCGCAAACUCACUCACAGGCUCUUUCGGAGAAAUUUUGGCUACACCUUGAGAUCAGUCAAUGACAUAUAUGUGAAAAAGGACUUUGUGAUUCGGGAGCCUUUCAAGAACAACUUGAAAAACUACUACUUUGCAGAGGCACAGAUGGUAGAUUUUGGAAGCAAAGACUUUCUUACUAAAGCCAAUAAACGUAUCCAGCAGCUCACUAAGGGCCUAAUAAAAGAAGCACUGACAAACGUGGAUCCAGCUUUACUCAUGUUGCUUGUCAAUUGUAUCUACUUCAAAGGUACUUGGGAGAACAAGUUUCCAGUGGAGUACACACAAAACAUGAAUUUUCGCCUAAAUGAAAAGGAGCUGGUGAAAGUACCGAUGAUGAAGACAAAAGGAAACUUCUUGGUUGCAGCUGAUCCGGAGCUAGACUGUGCGGUUUUACAGUUACCAUAUGUGGGAAACAUCAGCAUGCUAAUUGUACUGCCUCAUAAACUCUCUGGCAUGAAACUUCUGGAAAAACAGAUCAGCCCACAGGUGGUAGAAAGGUGGCAGAAUAUCAUGACAAACAGGACAAGGGAGGUCUUUCUACCUCGCUUCAAAUUGGAGAAAAGCUACAACUUACAGGAAGUUCUUAGUAACAUGGGAGUGACUGAUCUAUUCACUCAUGGAGACUUCUCAGGAGUUUCGGAUAAGAAUAUGAAUAUUGGCUUGUUCCAGCACCAAGGUACCAUCACAGUCAAUGAGGAGGGAACAGAGGCAGCAGCAGUGACUGUGGUGGGCUUUAUGCCACUUUCGACACAAGCUCGCUUUGUUGCGGACCGGCCCUUCCUUUUCCUCAUCUAUGAGCAUCGCACAAACUGCCUAAUUUUUAUGGGAAGAGUAGCAAACCCCACAAAAUCGUAAUUUUGUGAAAUAUUAUGUCUCUCAAAUAUAGAACUUAAGUAGAAUUUGAAUAAGGCGAAGCUUUUAUAUGAUACAUAUCACAACUAAAACAGUUGACAUGUGAAGUAAUAUUGAAUUUGCUUUAUUUUUUCUUCAAUGUGAAUAUUUCAUUAGUUCAUAUUUGCCUACACCAAAGUAUUACCAGUCAGUAAGGCAAUUCACUCUAAUACCAUUAGAGUCAACACAAAUGUACAUUUUUGUACAUAUAGUGAAUUCUCAACAAAUCACAAAGGGGUGUACUGAAAUGUAUUCAAGAACCAUGCUUAAUAAACAUUUACAAAAUGGAA